AUGGAUAACUGUGAAAAUGUAACCUCGGAGUCCGCCAAAACUCCAAAAACUUCUAAUUUAAUUCCGGACCAAGUGGUUAGUGAUGAAAGUUCACCGGCGUCGGCCAUUCCAACUUCAGAAAUUUUGAAAGGUGUUACUGCUUAUGUUGAUGUUCACGCAUUGAAGCACAACUACAGUUCGACAUUUGCUACAGAACUGAUUGAAUUGGGUGCAAAUGUAUCGAAACGAAUGACACCAGAUGUCACCCAUGUAGUUUUUAAAGAUGGCAGUCGAAGAACGGUGAAGGCCGCCAUGAGACGUAACCUUCCCUUAGUUAACACCGUUUGGGUCGACAACUGCAGGAAAAAGCAUCGCAGAGAGGAUGAGAUGUUGUACCUGGCAAGGAUUCCACCUAAGAAAGAUGACUGGCCAUACUGGCUUCGAUUGUUCAAGAGAUAUGGGAUAUUGCAGUAUCACAACAAACCACAAAAACCGGCCAGUGAAAGAAGGUACAGUCGAAGGAGGAGACUAAUGGAUGACGACGACGACGAUGACGUUGGCUCGACAGAUAGGAGAAAAAAUGGCGCCAACGACGACGAAUAUAAUGAAGAGGAUUUCAAGAAGUUCAUGGCAAAGUGGAAGAAGAUCAUCGGAGAGAGGAAGUACCUCUUCAGUAGCAGUUCUGAAGAGGAAGACGAUGACGCUGCUGCUGCUGCAGAUGAUGAUAAGUGUGAUGAAGGCUUUCAUAAGAUUAGUGACUCAUUUUUAAAGCAGAGCAACCCAAGCAGUGGCAAGGAUGGAGAUAGAAAGGAAGACGAUGUCUAUAACGAUGAUGAAGAUGAGGAUGGUGAGAAUGGCUGGAAAAAGUUAGGCAAAGAUAAAUUAUCAUGCAGGCUGUUUGGCUCUACCAGCAGCACACCAAACAACUACAAAAACAACAGCAACAGGCGCGAUAACAUCAACAAUGGUAACAUGAACAGCAGCAGCAAAGCAGCCGUUGCAUCCUCUUCGUCAACAUCCCUGAACCUUAGUAUAAGUCAAGAUGAUGAACUCUACUUUGCCCCUUUGUUACAGAGGUGUAAAGCUUUAAUGAAGAGAAAUAAAAAGAACAUGUCUAUGACAAAGAGCCUCAAUGCUACUUUGAAUACUACUGAUAUUGAUGAUAGUAUCAUUACAAAUGAUGUUGAUACAACUACUGCUACUGCUGCUGCUGCUGCUACAAAUCCAACAACGGCAACUACUCUCACACCACCACCAGCUAAAUUUAUAUCUCCUGUUAAGAUGGUUCAAGGAAAAUUAAACUUUAAAAAAAAUGGCGAGAAUAAUGUUACUACUACCAAUACAAAUAAUAAUGAUAAUAAUAAUAAUGAUAAUAAUAAUAAUAACUUCAAUAAUAAUGAUAAUAAUACUAAUAAGAAUAGUGAUAGUAACACUGACAAGGGUAGUAUGAUUUCAGAACAGGAUGCUAAUUGUUUAGGCAUUAUUGGUUAUAUUUUGAAAGCUAACGACGAUGUUAAAAGCAUUAGUAAUUGUGAUGCUAUCACUACUACUGCUACUGCUGCUACUACUGCUGCUACUACUACUUCUUCUGCUGCUGCUAUAUUUCCAAGUUUGCAAAACUUAAAAAUAAACUCUGAGCAGAAGAAACAAGAAGAAGUAGAUGGUUUGACGGUUUUAUCAAAUGAAAUAUUUACUGAUAACGACAACCGCUACUGUAACAUCAACAACCAUAGCACCAGCAACGAGAGUAUUAUUACUCAUGACAGUGACAACGUCAGCAAUGAAAGAUAUGAUGAAAGCAUAGAAUCAACUAAUGAAACAAUCACUCCAAAGAACAAUGAAUCAAGUAUACGUCAGAGCAACAAGCGGAAAUCAUCUGCGCCAAAAAAAUUUCAGGAUAAAAAAAUUAAAUUGGAUGAAGAUAACUAUGAAAAUUUUUUGGAUCUUUUGAAAGAAAAUUCCUAUAAUGAAUCUGAUGAAGUGAAUGCUGAACAUUUAACCAAUUACACUACACUGGCUUCAUCGUUGCCUAAACAUCAAACUAAUUUCAAUAUUGCGACUUCUCUUAUGCCCAGACAUCAAAUUAAUUUCGAUUCGGCGGGUUCUACGCUGCCUGAACAUAAAACUAAGUUCAAUUUGGCAGCUUCUACAAUGUCUAAACAUCAAGCUAAUUUUACAGCAGCAUCUUCAACCUUGCCUAAAAAACAUCAAUCUAAUCUCAAUGUUAACACUUCUGCUUCAUCUAACAAUCAAACUAAUUUAAAUUUAAAAUCUUAUGGUGCUUUAUCAGCUACUAAUAAUGAUGAAGAUGAUGAAGAUGCUGAUGAUGACGGGGAAGAUAAUGACGAUGAUAAUAAUUAUAACAACAACAAUAAUAAUAAUAAUAACAACAAUAUCAGCGUCAUUUCAAUAAGUGAUGAUGACAAUUGUGACGUUAAAAAUGUUUUAAUCGUCAACAACGGCAAUAGUUUUAUCGGUAGUAAUGCGUGUACUGGCACAAAUAAUAAGAAUAAUAAUAACUAUAAUAAUAAUAAUAAAAGAAAUAAUAAUAAUAAACUACGUCCGUCGGGUAUAUUAGCGGGAAAUUUAUUCCUGGCCGUCAUAGCUCUUAAAACGUCUGAAUUUAUGACAAGAAAUUGA